CUGCUUACACAGAACUACAUCUCCCGUGAUGCCGUGCAGCGGUAGAACGCAGUGACGUACAGAUCAACGUUAAGUGCGUGCGUAUAAAGAAAGAGGGCGUCGCGGUGAUUUUCUGCGGGGUCUUUCUGUGCCCACCGAGCCCGGUCAGACAGCGGGGAGAGAGCUGCACGGGGCCGCUAAUGGUGCUUAUACCUGUGUGAGUGUACCUGGAACAUCAUGGGGUGAUGACGCUUGCCUCGACCCAGACGUUCUUCACGGGAUAGGUCCUGCAUUACACCCAUGCAGUGAAAGACAAGAUGGAGUACCAGCUCAGUGAACAGGAACAAUGUGAGUUUGACGAAGUUGCCAUUUACUUCUCGGAGGAUGAAUGGGGCUGUUUAACAGAAAAUGAGAAGGAGCUUUACUUGGAAGUGAUGAUGGAGAAUUACCUGACCCUCAGAUCCCUGGGAUGGAUCAACAUGAUUCCUCCAAUAAUAUCUGUUAUCGGACGAGGAGAAGAUCCCUAUGUGAAGGAUCAACAACGGUCUAUUAAGAUCGAAGAGUUUCUAAACACCAGCUGCAACUGCUUCAUUGACAAGUGUAUACCCACCGAAGCAAUGUGCCGUACUAUGGCAGACGGUGUGACAAAUCUGAAUUCUGUACAUGAUGAAGGCUUCAUCUCAAAACCUCACGUUGUUCAAAGAUUCUGCUGCUCAGACAGUGAGAAGUGUUCUGCCCAUCAAAGGAUUUAUUUAGAUCAGAAAUCCGUCUUAUGUUCUAUAUGUGGGAAAUGUUUUCAUAAUAAAUCAGAUCUUACUCGGCAUCAGUCAAUUCACACAGAAGUGAAAGUACACUCUUGUGCUGAAUGUGGAAAAUGCUUUUCACGCCCCUCACAUCUUCGUGUACAUCAGAUUAUUCACACAGGAGGGAAACCUUUCACUUGCCCCGAGUGCGGUAAAUGUUAUAAUUCUAGUACUGGUCUACGGAAACACAUGAGUCAAAGUCACUCAGGAGACAAAGGGCACUUAUGUGUGGAAUGUGGAAAAUAUUUUACUAUUUUGGCAGAUCUUGUUGAGCAUCUGAGGUGUCACACUGGAGUGAAAUCAUAUAAUUGUGCUAAGUGUGGAAAGCAUUUUGCCAAGAAAUAUGAUCUUAAUCAACAUAAAAUGACUCACGCGAAAAAGGAACAUUUCUUAUGUUCUGAGUGUGGAAAAUACUUUAGUAAUAUGCAAAACCUCAUUAGACAUAAGUGGACUCACACAGGAGAGGAACCAUUUUCGUGUUCCAAAUGUGGGAAAUGUUUUACACUUAAGUCGAGUCUUGUUCAACACCAGAGGGUUCAUACAAAACUGAAGCCAUUUUCUUGCUCUGAAUGUGGGAAAUGUUUCAGUAAUAAAGCAAAUUAUUCUAAACAUCAGAUGAUUCACAAACUGGUGGAAGUACACUCAACAGGAAUGAUGAAAUUGCAUUUACAAGUUCAUCCCCAAGAUCCCCCUGUGUAAGUAGUCAGUGUUAGCUAAACGUUUUACAACUUACCUGGAGUGUGCUGGGUGCAGGUCACUGCCUCCGUUGAGAGACAAACUGGAUGAGGGUGUC